AUGUCUCUUCCAAGCCCCGUACCCAUUGCUCUUUGUGGCAAGAGCCAGACAAUGGCCACAAACUUCAGCUCCAGCAUGGAGAAGGAAGGCUACCAAGGUUUGUCUACUCCGUACCUCGUUUCAAAGUUCUCAUCCAGAGAUGAACAAUAUUGCGUAAAAAUCGUUGUUCUCACACGCAAUUCACAGNUGGUCCACACCUGCCACGACGCCGACUCUGCAAAAUCAACACUUCCCUCUCUGCUCACCUCCUCUACCGGUCCCGUUGCUGUUGUCAUUGGAAAGGGCUUUUACGAGUCUGAAAUGCAGGAAAUCAUCCAGCACUGCAAGAGUGAAGCAGGUUCUGCAAAGACUGUCUGGUUACUCCCUGACGACGACAAGUUUACUGCUUAUAUGAAGAUGAAGGCUGUGGCUUCGGCGGGUACCAUGUUGCCGGGCAUGAUUGCUGAGAGAGCUUCUGCUGCGUUGAAGGAGAAUGGUGUUGUGGGUGGUGGUAGUCUUGAGGGUGUCAAGAGCGGUGUUCAUGGAUUUUAA